AUGGCAUCGCUGCGCUUGACAAUACCGCGUGCUGGCUUCCAGCUGCAUGCCAAGCAGCUCCAGCAACGAUUGAUCAUCCCCAGCAUACGACAUGCAUCGACAACGCCUCCACCAAAACCUCGCGUGCUCGCGCAACCAGACAAGUUCCGCCCUCCAUCACAUCCCUCACGACUACGAAGCAAAACGCCACGAUAUCAGUAUGGAGCAGACCUUACGGAAGAGCAAAAGACGAAGAAACAAUACCCCCACAUGAUGCCGCCCGAAGGAAGUAUCAUGCACUGGUUCCUCACAAAUAGAUCGAUACACUUAUGGAUAAGCUUGUCCAUCCUCGUAUCCCUCGUCUUCGGCGUAUGGUUCAGCGAAUUCAUCCACAACACCCCCUACCGCGACCUCCUCCCUCCCAACUCCAUGUUCCUCUCCCACCCCUUCAGCUUCCUCGGUCGCUACGCCGAGGUCUACCAAAUGCACGUCGCAUACGUCAGCGCGCAGACGGCGGAGAGGAGGAAGCAGAAAGUGGACGACGUCAAGAAGAGGAGCGACUAUCGCAAAGCGCAUGGGUUGGACCAGGAUGAGGGCAUUUUCGGAGGAUGGACGGCGAAAGAGGAUGACGAGGUGAAGGGACCGGGCUUCAAGCAGGAGGGUGUACAGAUGGAGCAGGCGGGUCCGGAAGCUGCGAUGGAGGUGGUGAAGGGGACUGGUGACGGGGUCGUGGGACGGGCGGGAGAGGCGGAGGAGACGUAUGUGGAUUUUGAGGGGAAGACGCAGCCGCUGAGGAAGAAGUGGUUUGGUAUAUGGUAG